CUUGUCGUCGCUUAACCAACACAGCGACCGGCGCUUCAGUGGAGUUUGACGUGGCACUCUGAUUUCACUGAGGGCAACAGACAGUGAAGAGGACUCUGCCCAAUAUACAGGUUAUCAACUUCAUUCAUCCUGGCAUGAGAAAACAGUGACAGUCAUCCCAUCACAAUGAGUCAACAAGGUUAUGUUGCUGCACCCCCAUACUCCCAGGCCCAGCCAGGGAUGGGGGGCUACCAAGGUGGAUUUGGCGCUGGUCCUGCACAGCCGCUCUAUGGACACUAUGGGGGGCAGCCUCAGGCAUUUACAGCCCCACCCACAGGUAUGAUGAAAUCCCCAGUUUCCUCGGCUGCUGGGAUGCCUCCGCCUCCAGUGUCCACUCAGUACAGUCCAAAUAUCCAGCAGAAUGGCGCACAUCCUCAAAGAUAUCCUGCUCCUCCUGCUACUGCUGCAUAUGGACAACAGCCCCCAUUCAACAGCAUGGCUUCUGCAGCCCCACCUCCAACACAGCAGCUUACCAAUCAGAUGAGUGCUAUGAAUUUAGGACACUAUGCCCCGGGUCCCAUGCAGAGCCCUCCUCCUCCAACAAGCUCUGUUGUCCAGCAGCCUUUCCAAACAGCUCCUCCUCCAGCGAUGGGCCAGCCACAGAUGUCUCCAGGUCUGCAGAGCCCCUCCAUGCCCCCUCAAAUGUCUCCUCCACAGUCACCGCCAUCGACCAUGGCAAUGGGAAGCCCACCAAUGGCAGGUCCACCGAUGGCAGGUAGGCCCUUCCCUGGGCCACCUCCCCCUGGGCCUGGAGGUUUUCAGCAGCCUGGUCCUGGAGCUGCUGGUCCACUGGGAUACCAGCAACAAGCAGGGCCAUUUGGGGGACCAAUGGCAGGGCCCCAUCCGGGCAUGCCAGGGGGCUUUCCCGGAGCACCGGGUGGACUGGCAGGACCACCACAGAAGAAACUCGACGCUGACUCUAUCCCCAGCAUAACUCAAGUCAUUGAGGAAGACCAGGGAAAACAAGGAGGGCAGGUAUACAGCACAAACAUCAGAGGGCAGGUUCCUCCUCUGGUUACCACAGACUUCUCUGUACAAGACCAAGGCAAUGCCAGCCCCAGGUUUAUGCGCUGCACCACCUACACCCUUCCCUGCACAACUGAUCUGGCCAAACAGUGCCAUGUGCCCCUGGCCACCAUCAUUAAACCCUUUGCCAGUAUGCCAAAGAAUGAGACUCCCCUCUAUCUUGUGAACCAUGGUGAGACAGGCCCGAUACGCUGCAAUCGAUGCAAAGCCUACAUGUGUCCCUACAUGCAGUUUAUUGAUGGAGGCCGUCGAUUCCAGUGUGGUUUCUGCAGCUGUGUCACUGAAGUACCAGUCCAGUAUUUCCAACAUCUUGACCACAUGGGUCGGAGGGUGGACUUCUAUGAGAGGCCUGAGCUUUCUCUGGGGUCUUAUGAGUUUGCAGCCACCCUGGAGUACUGCAAGAACAACAAGCCUCCAAACCCUCCCGCCUACAUCUUUAUGAUCGACGUGUCCUACAACAACAUUAAGAGCGGGCUGGUCAAACUGAUAUGUGAAGAGCUGAAGACCCUGCUUGAGAAACUGCCCAGAGAGGAAGGUAUGGAGACUUCUGCCAUCAAGGUGGGCUUCGUCACCUACAACAAAGUCCUUCACUUCUACAACGUGAAGAGCGCUCUGGCCCAGCCUCAGAUGAUGGUGGUGUCUGACACGGCUGAGAUGUUUGUCCCACUACUCGACGGUUUUCUAGUCAACUACCAGGAAUCACGGGCUGUUAUCUUCAACCUGCUGGAACAGAUCCCUGACAUGUUUGCUGACACCAGCGAGAGCGAAACGGUCUUUGCCCCUGUCAUCCAGGCCGGCGUGGAGGCAUUCAAGGCUGCUGAAUGUAGCGGAAAGCUCUUCAUCUUCCAGUCCUCCAUGCCCACUGCGGAGGCUCCAGGCAAACUGAAGAACAGGGAUGACAAAAAGCUGGUCAACACGGAGAAAGAGAAGACUUUGUUCCAGCCUCAGAAAGGAGUGUACGAGCAGCUGUCCAAAGAGUGUGUGGCACACGGAUGCUGUGUGGACCUCUUCCUUUUCCCCAGCCAGUAUGUGGACUUGGCUACUAUGGGUGAUGUGCCUUUACAUACCGGAGGCUCUGUCUACAAGUACAACAACUUCCAGGUGGAGACAGACGGAGAGCAUUUUCUGAGAGAUCUGAGGAAAGAUGUGCAGAAAAGCAUCGGGUUUGAUGCAGUCAUGCGAGUCCGUACCAGCACAGGCUUCAGAGCUACAGACUUCUUUGGUGCCAUCCAUAUGAACAACACCACAGACGUAGAGAUGGCAGCCCUGGAUUGUGACAAGGCGGUGACUGUAGAGCUGAAGCAUGACGACACUCUGAGUGAGGAGACUGGAGCUCUCAUACAGUGUGCCUUGCUGUACACCACCAUCAGCGGGCAGCGGCGUCUCCGCGUCCACAACCUCAGUCUGAACUGCAGCACACAGUUGAUGGAGCUGUACAAGAGCUGUGAGACAGACUCACUCAUGAACUUCUUUGCCAAAUCAGCUUACCGUGCCAUAUUGAACCAGCCUCUGAAGAAUGUGAGAGAGAUCCUGGUCAACCAGACGGCCCACAUGCUGGCCUGUUACAGGAAGAACUGUGCCAGCCCGUCUGCUGCCAGUCAGCUGAUCCUGCCCAGUGCCAUGAAGGUGCUACCUGUCUACAUGAACAGCCUGAUGAAAAGUGCUCCUUUGGUUGGCAGCACCGAGCUCUCUACAGAUGAGCGAGCCCAUCAAAGACUGUCAGUGAUGGCCAUGGGGGUGGAAGACACACAGCUGCUGCUCUACCCACGCCUAACUCCACUGCACAACAUAGACGUCAGCAGCGAGGCCCUCCCUGCUCCUGUGCGCUGCUCAGAGGAAGGUCUGACAGAUUCUGGCAUGUUCCUGCUGGAAAACGGCCACUCCAUGUUUCUGUGGCUCGGCCAAGCAAGCCCGCCGGACCUCAUCCAGAGCCUUUUUAAUGUUCCCUCCCUCGGCCACCUGCAAGGACAAAUGCCAGCGCUGCCAGAACUGGACAACCCAUUAUCCAAGAAGGUUCGGUCCAUCAUCAGUAAUCUGCUUGAAAAGAGGCCGAACUCUAUGAAGCUCCAGAUUGUCAGGCAACGGGACAAACCGGAGAUGUAUUUCCGUCAGUUCCUUGUGGAGGACAAAGGGCUUCACGGCGGGGCUUCGUACAUGGACUUCCUCACCUACGUUCACCGAGAGAUCAGGCAGCUGCUCACUUAACCCCUUGACACCUGGCCUCAUUGUCCCGUGAGAAACUAACGGACCAUGCACAAAUCUCACAGGGUCAGUCUCAGCUUUGAAUCUUAAGGACAAUUCACAGACAGUAACUUUUCAAGUGCUUUAUAAAGACUGAAGAGGGAGAAACAAGAGACUGGAAGAGGCUUUCAGAGAUUUAACCACAAGGGUCCAAAGCUGCCUUUCCACUAUCAUUUAGUGUACGCACAAUAUCGUCUCUUCAAAUAACCACUUGUCACUGGAAGAGCCUCUCUGGAGGUAAGAAAUGGACAACAAAACCAGCACUUCCCGCACACUCACUAUAUUGUGGACCGUGGGGCCGGGAUGACAUCAGUGCCUGUGGCUGGAGUGCAUUUUGGCACGAAGCCUGUUGGCAUAAGCAAUAUGACAUACAUCUCCACUGUGCAGUCAAUAUUCAUUUCACUCUGUGGUUUUAUAGAGUUAUGACAAGGGGUUAUUUGUAGGCUUUACUGUGGAUGCUUGCUUGGACAGUGAAUAAACUCUUUUGAAGAUGAGAUCCAAAUGGAGUCUUAGCAACAGACAUCAUCAUCUCUUGUUUGAAACUAAAGUAAUCUAUGAAAUUUUACAGUAUUUAUAUUACUCAUGGCUUCUAUUUUAGCAAUCUGUGAUCCUAGCAGAAAAUGUAUCAGAAGAAGCAUUCAUGUAGUGUAUCUGAAGAAUUAGAGGCUUUAAUUUUGAGGAAACAAUGCCAAAAAUGAAAGGAAAAUCCUCCUAAAUACCAUGGUCAUGGUCCUCAGCAUUCAUUUGAGACAUUUCCUCCACAAAAAUCUCAUUCUUUGAAGAUUUAAAGUAGUUCUAUCAUCCUCAUAAUGUGCAGUGACACAGAAAAUGUUUUGAUUUGGCGUUCUGAGGAUACAAGAAAAUAAACGCAGAUGCUACUCUACAUAGAGAACCAAACAUCAGCUGAUGAAAAAUGACAAUUUUCUCCAAACUUGGGCCUGAAAAAGACAAGGAUGCAUAAGGGAAAUUCAUUAGAAUUUAUAAUGAGAGGAAGAGAAAGGGGCUGCUAAUGAUGCUCGGAGGCAUCAAAGGAAAGGGGUUUAUUGACCAAAUGUAAAACUUUUCCAAAACUGGCACACAACAAUCCCACAAGGUUAUGAUGUUUUUGUGUAAGAGAAGCUCACUGUUUGACCUAGAUUCAGUUUAUCUGCAAAAUUAUCUGUAAUGAUGACAUGCAACAUUCCAGUUUUAACAGUUUAAUUAUACUAUUUUGCUUUAAAGUGGUAAAAGCUUCAUUGUAAUUCAUAUAUGCAUUUAAGAUUAUUUUUGUGCUCAUGUGACCUACAAAACGUCUUUUUGUACGUGAAAUACAUCAUUUGUGUUUGCAAAAUAUUACCAUUUGCCUUAAGUUGAUAUAAUGGUUGGUAAAAAAUGUCCCAGAGGUCCGUGGCUGAUUUCAGUCAUCUUGGUUUGUAUGCAGACUUAUCUCAGGUAAUUUGAGAACCUUACUAUUUAAAGUUGGAACAAGUGAUUUCAUUAUAACUGGAAAGAUGAAUGAUUGUUUUAUGAGUGGACACAUGGAGAUUCAGGGGCAUGCUGUGCCAUGUACAUUUCAUUCCUAAAUAUUGAGAUAUUUUCUCUGCAAUAAAUUGUUCACAUAA